UUUAAUAUUUAAUAUUUUGCCACUGCCCUCAAUGGUCUCUCGCCCCUAUAAAGCCCCAGCUGACCCAAUUUCGGAUUUUCUGUUCGAUUCUCUGGAAAGCGGGAAAAAAGAAAAAGCAAAAAGCCACAGAGACACAAACAGAGGCCACUGAUCGUAGCUGGCGGCGAUGGCGAAUGUUAAUGGUUGUGGUGGUGGUGGUGGUGGUGUUGAUCAGGACCAGCAAUGGCUGCUUAAUUGCUUGUCUUCUACCCUCGACCCUAGCCACGACGUUCGCUCUUUCGCUGAAGCUUCGCUUAAUCAGGCCUCUCUUCAACCAGGUUUUGGAAGUGCAUUAUCCAAAUUCGCUGCAAACAGGGAGCUUCCUUUAGGAUUGCGCCAGCUAGCUGCUGUCCUUCUUAAGCAGUUUAUUAAAAAACACUGGCAGGAGGGUGAGGAGUUGUUUGAACAUCCAGUUGUUUCCAGCGAUGAAAAGACAGUUAUACGCAGACUUCUUCUAUUGUCACUGGAUGAUCCUCAUAGAAAAAUGUGUACAGCAGUUAGCAUGGCCGUUGCAUCCAUUGCAGUUUAUGACUGGCCAGAUGAUUGGCCUGACUUGCUGCCAUACCUCCUGAAGUUGAUUAAUAAUCAAACUAAUAUGAAUGGUGUGCACGGAGCAUUAAGGUGUUUGGCUCUUCUUUCUGGUGACUUGGAUGAUAAAGUUGUGCCAACAUUAGUACCCAUCUUAGUCCCAUCCAUGCUUACAAUUGUUUCAUCUCCUCAGGUAUAUGACAAAUACCUACGGACAAAAGCUCUUUCGAUUGUAUAUUCUUGCAUCUCCAUGCUGGGGGUAAUGAGUGGUGUAUACAGGACAGAAACAACUGCAUUGUUAAAACCUAUGCUUAAACCAUGGAUGGACCAGUUCUCUGUUAUCCUGAGCCAUCCUGUGCAAUCUGAAGAUCCUGAUGAUUGGAGCCUCAGAAUGGAGGUUCUGAAGUGCUUGAAUCAAUUUGUUCAGAAUUUCCCUAGCCUUACAGAAGACGAUUUUAUUAUUGUUGUGGGACCGUUGUGGCAAACUUUUGUAACAUCUCUAGGUGUGCGGUCAUCUAUGGAAGGUACAGAAGAUCCUGAUGAAGGAAGAUAUGACUCUGACGGUGGGGAGAAAAGCCUUGACUCAUUUGUCAUCCAGUUAUUUGAGUUUCUGUUGACGAUGGUUGGUAGCAUAAAAUUAGUAAAGAUUGUAAUGAGCAAUAUUAAAGAGUUGGUCUACUAUACUAUUGCUUUUCUGCAGAUAACAAACCAACAGAUUCAUACUUGGUCAAUGGAUGCCAACCAAUUUGUUGCUGAUGAGGAUGAUGUUUCUUACAGCUGCCGUGUUUCUGGUGCACUUUUGUUGGAAGAAGUGGUGAGUGUUGGUGGUACAGAAGGAAUCAAUGCUAUCGUUGAUGCUGCUAAAGAAUGGUAUUGUGAGUCCCAAAGAGAAAAGGCUGCUGGUUCUGCAACAUGGUGGAGACUAAGGGAGGCUGCUCUAUUUGCUUUGUCUUCUCUGUCAGAACAACUACUUGAAGCUGAGGAUUCGGGACUGAUAAGAGUUGGCUUGAGAAACUUUCUUGAGCAAAUAAUCACUGAAGACACUGGGUUAGGGGUGCAUGAAUAUCCCUUCCUUUAUGCUCGGAUUUUUAUAUCAGUUGCUAAGUUCUCCUCUUUGAUUGGCCAUGAUACACUUGAGCAUUUUCUUUGUGCUGCUGUCAAUGCAAUUGGCAUGGAUGUGCCACCACCUGUAAAAGUAGGUGCCUGCAGGGCACUCUCACAGCUCCUGCCUGAAGCAGAUAGAGGAAUUAUUCAACCUCAAAUGAUGAGUUUGUUCUCAUCGCUCACAGAUCUUCUUAGUCAGGCAUCAGACGAGACCUUGCAUCUGGUACUUGAAACUCUACAAGCAUCUAUUAAGGCUGGUCAAGAAAUAGCAGCAUCAAUAGAGCCGAUUAUCUCUCCUAUAAUCCUUAAUAUGUGGGUGUCACAUGUUUCAGAUCCUUUUAUCAGUAUUGAUGCAAUUGAGGUUUUGGAGACACUCAAAAAGGCUCCUGGUUGUCUUCAUCCGCUGGUUUCUCGAAUCCUACCAUAUAUUUGGCCAAUUUUAAAUAAACUGAUGCGUGUUAAUUGUAACUCUCAGCAGCAACAGCAGCCUGAUGGAUUAGUUGCUGGAUCAUUGGACCUCAUAACUAUGUUACUGAAGAAUGCUCCUUCUGAUGUCGUGAAAGCUAUUUAUGAUGUUUGUUUUGAUGCUGUUGUAAGAAUAAUCCUUCAAAGUGAGGAUCAUAGUGAAAUGCAGAAUGCAACUGAAUGUUUAGCUGCUUUUAUAUCUGGGGGAAGACAAGAUCUGCUUGCUUGGGGUGAUGCUGGAUUUACAAUGAAAUGUUUACUUGAUGUAGCCUCCAGGCUUCUAGAUCCUGAUUUAGAAAGCUCUGGAUCCCUAUUUGUUGGGAGCUACAUUUUGCAGCUUAUAUUACAUUUGCAAUCACAAAUGAUGCCACAUAUCCGAGAUCUGGUUGCUGCUCUUGUUAGGCGCAUGCAAUCUGCUCAAAUAGCAGGGUUAAAAAGCUCCUUGAUACUAAUAUUUGCCCGACUGAUCCACUUGAGUUCUCCGAAUGUUGAACAAUUUAUUGAUUUAAUGAUGAUGGUCCCAGCUGAACACCAUAAUAAUUCCUUCACUUAUCUGAUGUCAGAAUGGACUAAGCAGCAAGGGGAGAUUCAAGGUGCAUACCAAAUUAAAGUCACUACCAGUGCGUUGGCGUUGAUGCUAGCCACGAGACAUGCUGUGUUAGUAAAGAUUAAUGUACAGGGACAUCUAAUUAAGUCUGCUUCAGGGAUAACCACUCGCUCUAAAGCUAAAUUAGCACAGGACCAGUGGACAAUUGUCCCACUUCCUGCGAAGAUACUCUCUUUGCUGGCAGAUGCAUUGGUUGAAAUCCAAGAACAGGUUUUGGCUGAUGAGGAGGAUGGUGACUGGGAAGAAAUUGAGGCGGAGGAUGCAGACACUGAUAAAGAUUUGCUGUAUUCAGCUGGUUUAACGUCAUUUAGCAGACCCACACAUGAACAUCUCGAAGCAAUGGCUAAAGUUUUUAGUGAGGAUCAAGAGGAUGGUUAUGAAGAUGACAUACUAUGUGUAGCUGAUCCCCUAAACCAGAUUAAUCUUGCAAACUAUCUUGCGGAUUUCUUUGUAAACUUUUCUCAGAGUGAUAGACAACUAUUCGACCAUCUCUGUCAGAACCUGACUAAGAAUCAGAGGAGUGCUAUUCAAAUGGUGCUUAAUCGCUAAGGAAUUGUCCAGUGGCUUAAGGAAGUGUGUUUUGUUGGGUGUUACUCCAUUUAAAAAAAAAAAAAAAAUGUAUAUUUUGUGUAUUAUGUUAUAUGUUUUUGGUUUAGAAAUGUUAUAUGCAAAUAGUAAGAGAGGCAAAUCAGUUUUGAUUUUUCCUUGGAGAAGCUCUCAUUGAAUUGGAGCUUCGUGUACAUUUUCAAUUCGUAUUUAUUAAUUUUUCGUUGAGCCAUUAAAUACAAAUAUAGGAACCUGUAGGCAAUUUUAUUUUUUAUUUUC